AUGCAUCGUCAUGGUAGAAGACAGUUCAGAGCUACCGCUCCUACGGCUCCGGUUCAAAUCCUUUCUCCGGCAGGAGACGAUGAGCCAUUAACGAUAACGAUGUUGGGUGCAGGCCAAGAAGUAGGGAGAUCAUGCUGCGUUAUAGAACAUCGAGGGAAGAAGAUUGUUUGCGAUGCAGGUUUACAUCCUGCUCAUCCAGGUCUUGGUAGUUUACCUUUUAUAGAUGAGGUGGAUUGGUCUACUGUUGAUGCUAUACUAGUUACCCACUUUCAUGUGGACCAUGCGGCCGCUUUACCAUAUAUAAUGGAGAAGACCAACUUCAAAGAUGGGAAUGGGAAAGUAUACAUGACCCAUGCCACCAAAGCCAUUUACGGUUUAACGAUGAUGGAUACAGUUAGAAUCAAUGACCAGAAUCCCGAUAUAUCAGGAAAAUUAUAUGAUGAAGCAGACGUACAAUCAUCUUGGCAAUCCACAAUAGCAGUUGAUUAUCAUCAAGAUAUAGUGAUAUCCGGUGGAUUAAGAUUCACACCUUAUCAUGCAGGUCAUGUAUUAGGUGCAUCAAUGUUCAUGAUUGAAAUUGCAGGAUUAAAGAUAUUAUACACAGGAGAUUAUUCAAGAGAAGAAGAUAGACAUUUAGUAGUAGCUGAAAUACCACCUAUAAAACCAGAUGUCAUGAUUUGCGAAAGUACUUUUGGUGUACAUACUUUACCUGAUCGAAAAGAAAAAGAAGAGCAAUUUACUACCUUGGUAUCGAAUAUCGUUCGACGUGGUGGAAGAUGUUUAAUGCCAAUUCCAUCAUUUGGUAAUGGACAGGAAUUAGCUUUGUUAUUAGAUGAAUAUUGGAAUGAACAUCCCGAAUUACAAUCUAUACCAGUUUAUUUCGCUUCAGGUUUAUUUCAAAGAGGUAUGAGAGUGUAUAAAACUUAUGUUCAUACAAUGAACUCUAAUAUCAGAUCAAGAUUCGCUAGAAGAGAUAAUCCAUUCGAUUUCAAAUUUGUUAAAUGGUUGAAAGAUCCAAAGAGGUUGCAAGAACAUAAAGGUCCUUGUGUGGUUAUGGCUUCUGCUCAAUUCAUGUCUUUUGGUUUAUCAAGAGAAUUAUUAGAAGAUUGGUCAAGUGAUAGUAAAAAUGGUGUAAUCGUUACUGGUUACUCAAUUGAAGGUACUAUGGCUAGAACUCUUUUAUCUGAACCAGAUCAUAUCGAAUCGUUAAAAGGAGGAAACAUUCCUCGUCGAUUGACUGUAAAAGAAAUUUCAUUUGGUGCACAUGUGGAUUACGCACAAAACUCCAAGUUUAUACAAGAGAUCGGCGCUCAACAUAUCGUCUUGGUACAUGGAGAAGCUUCUCAAAUGGGUAGAUUGAGAGCUGCUUUGAGAGAUACAUAUGCUACAAGAGGUCAAGAGAUCAAUAUUCACACUCCAAGGAAUUGCGAACCAUUAGUAUUGACUUUCAGACAGGAAAGAGUUGUCAAGGCAAUCGGAUCGUUAGCUACCAGCAGACCAAUACAUGGAACUCCACUUAAAGGUUUACUAGUCUCGAAAGACUUUUCAUAUACGCUAUUAGAUCCAAAAGACCUGAAAGAUUUUACUGGUUUAUCAACGAGUACAUUGGUACAGAAGCAAUCGAUACCUAUAGGAGUAGAUUGGAGUGUUGUUAGAUGGCACUUGGAAGGCAUGUAUGGUGAAGUCGAAGAAGGUCCAGAUCAAGAGGGAAGAGCGUGUUUCACGAUAAUGAACGCCGUCAAGGUCGUACAAAUAUCUGAGAUAGUAAUUGAGAUUCAAUGGUCUUCAAACUCAAGUAAUGAUAUGAUAGCAGAUUCUGUUCUAGCUGUUUUAUUAGGUAUAGAUGGAAGUCCAGCUACCGUGAAAUUGACAUCAACACCCCACCAACAUGCUCAUCACGAUCAUUCCCACUCUCACACUCAACCGCAUACCCAUAGUAAUGGCAAUCCAAGUGAAAACAAUGGAGAGUUCGAUCGGAUACAGAUGUUCCUGGAAGCUCAUUUUGGUGAUGUGAUUGGACCUAAUGUUACUGUCAACGAAGGAGAAGAAGAUGAGUUGCUAGUUAUGACAGUAAGAGUGGAUAACUUGAUUGCUAAAGUUGAUCUGAUCUCAAUGCGAGUCGAAUCGGACAAUGUGGAAAUGAAACGACGAGUUGAAAAUGUAUUGGAAAUGGCUUUGACCACGCUGCAACCUUUAUCAAGAUCUUUCCUAGGCUCAGGUAUAGAUCUGAAUCUGGAAAAAACCGAGUCUAUCGCAGCGUAG